GUUCCCCGAAUUGAUCGGCAAGGGGACCUCCCUCACGGAAGAACAAAACUGCGACCUGCCAGUCACGAUAGGGAAAACCCCCCUUUGGAAAGAAAAUAAAUGCCGCGUCAGAACGGGCCCGCCGCAUGCGCAGGACCAGCCCAAGCGCGCAUACGAAUGAAUACAAAUAGGAAUACGUACGCUUAGGUAUAUUUACCUAAUGGUGUCCCCCUUUUGGUGAGGCGCUUCUUCCCCUUCUGCUCGGUAGCCGCCAGAAGAGGUAACAACCUGACGAAGUGCCCCCCCGCGGCGCGAUGGAGCAGGUGAAGAUCCUCGCGCUGUACGGCAACCACGACGUCGUGCUGCUGAACGCGGAGAACGAGCGCUGCGAAAACAAAUUCGAGGCCCCCGUGAAGGACGCGGAGAAGAAGAUCUGCCCACUGAGAAAUGGCAGCUUCCUCCUCCUCAGCGUCAACAAAAAAGUGCUAUCCAAAUAUGUGUGCACCAAGAGCGCGCCCAUUUCGACUAAGCACAUGCGCGUGCAGGUGAAUGUGAUCAGGCUAACCGAUUGUGAAAAAAUAAUUAUAGGGGGAGACAAACUGGGAAACGUCUACGUGUGGUCAGCUCUCUCCGGGUUAUUAAUAAAUUCCUUCCAAGCGCAUUACGGCAUAUUGAAGGAUAUCCUAAUUGACCAGCUAGCCAAUGUCCUGUACACGUACAGCGAUGAUAAUGUCGUUCAUGUGUAUAAUUUACCUGACCUGUUCAGAAAAAAAAAAAUCACUCCAAUGUUACGCUAUCAGCACAGCAUAAACGCAACAAUAACGCAAAUCCUUUCGGUGACGCCAAAUGUGUACGGCUCGCACUACUCCUUGGUGAGUCUUACUACGAAUGGGACGCUACAUGUCUGGGGGUUGAAGACCAAAGAGCCCACUCACAUUUUGAAGACCCACUCGGAGAACUGCUCCUACAUUUGCGCGAACGACCCCUUCAACACGCAUUUGUACCUCUGCAGGGGGAACAAAAUAUUUCGCAUCCCCUUUUCGCAGUUUAGCCAAACGGGGGCAGAUGCCUCUGCGGAAGUGAUUCACGGGGCAUGCUCUGAAGAGCGUCGCGCGGAGGGGAAGCUAUCUACACACGGCUUCUACGUUCAGGUGAAAAAUCAGGAGAACUGUGCAACUCAGCUGCAGAGAAGCGCUCCCCGUAAAGGGGACUUCCAACUGAACCUCCAAAACUGCACCACCUUCGUGGGACAUAAAUGCCAAGUAAUCAAAUGCCACGUAAAUAACAAAAGGGAACAUAUGGUGUCCCUGGCGAGGGACGGAAUCAAAAUAUGGGACCUCUUCAACUGCUACGCUGUGAAGACGCUAAGUUACGGGGAAAAUAUAAUAGACUUUUUUGUGCCCCCUGUUGGGAAGCAGGGAUCCUUCUCCUACGUGAUGGAGCUCCCCCACCUGCUCCUCGAAUGGGAAGAUGAUGUGAAGGUGCACAUCGUCGACCAGGUUGACCAGGUUGGCCAGGUUUGCCACGCCGACCACGUCGAUUACGCCUCUCCCGACGUGCCUGCGGGUGGCAGCUACACUGGCUCGCUGGCAGACCGAGAUGAAAGUUUGCUCCUUCAAAUGGGGGCCAUGUUCGCCGGGCUGGAAGACUGACCCGUUGGGAGUGCGCGGGGGAAUGACCAUUCAGGGGGAUUCUUAAAGUGAGGAAGAUGCAGAAUGGGCGCAGUACAGGGCAUACCUUUACGAGCUGCAAAUAUUUGGACCCCCCCAAACACCCAUUCAUUCGCAACCACCCCUGGGGAGUAUCCUCAGGAGGAGGAUAACAUAACGGAAGGAGAAGUCCCCCUCAAUGGGUCACCCCAACUUGGGGACCCCCCCAUUCUGAGGUGAACGCACAAGGGGGAUACACCCACGGUCAAAGUUCCUACCCCUCACGAAUAGGAAAGAAUGAGCAGGUAUUUCGUCAAGCGGAUACCCAGCAUGGUUUUCCCUCCCC